AUGACUGAACCAACUUCGUCCGCCACCGACUUUGUUAUGCCGAGUAACCUCACGUUGGACAUGUUUACCAUAGAGAAGAAAAUAGGCAAAGGGAUGUUUAGUGAGGUAUUUCGGGCGAAGUGCGAAUGGAACGGUCAAAUGGUAGCUCCUCAAGAAAAUUCAGGUAUUCGAAAUGGUCGAUCAAAAAGCUCGAUCAGGCACAUCGUCUGCACGACACAGAUUGAUCUGUUAAGCAAAAUAAGACCAGUCAACGUUAUAAGGUAUUACGCUAGUUUCAUGGAUAACAAUCAACUGAACAUUGUGUUGGAGCUCGCCGAAGCAGGCGACAUGAGCAGAAUGAUUAAACAUUUCAAGAAGAACGGUCGACUGAUACCGGAGAGGACAAUAUGGAAGUACUUCGUGCAACUGGUCCGAGCACUGGCUCACAUGCAUUCGAAACGGAUAAUGCAUCGAGACAUCAAGCCUGCAAACGUAUUCAUCACCUCUGAAGGAGUGGUGAAGCUGGGUGAUCUUGGUCUUGGACGGUUUUUUAGCUCCAAGACAACCGCGGCACAUUCACUCGUGGGCACCCCGUACUAUAUGUCUCCUGAACGGAUUCAAGAAAGCGGCUACAAUUUCAAAUCGGAUUUGUGGUCAACUGGUUGUCUGCUCUACGAAAUGGCAGCGUUGCAAUCACCGUUCUACGGGGACAAGCAGAAUCUUUACUCUUUAUGCAAGAAAAUAGAGAAUUGCGAAUAUCCUCCACUGCCUGCGGACAUUUAUUCUUCACAGCUUCGAAGUCUCGUCUCACACUGCAUAUCUUCCGAUCCAUCGCGACGGCCUGAAACGAAAGUGCUCGAAUCGCUGAAAGAUGAGCUACUAUUCCAACAGUACAGCGAGACCACGAGCAAAAAUGAAUUUCUAUUUAUAGAACUGAUUUCCUGA